CAUUACCAUCUACGGUCUCAGAGAACACAUAAAAACGUAUCCUCCGAAUGUCGUGAUCGAAGCAUUCGACGAAGAUUUUUGCGUAGGUUGAUAAAUAGAAAAGUCGCUGUUUUAUUCUAAGCUUUUGGUGAGCUCGCAAUUCUUUCCCAGGGAGGUUUGGAGUUCAGCGGGAGAAGCAUAGCUAUCCCAGUUGUUAAGCUGAACACGGAGACUUACUCACCACCUGAAUUCCCACCCCUUCUCAAAUGGUAUAAAUUCCAAAAUCAAAAAGGAGAGAGCGGAGCCGCCCUGGCAGCGUUCGAAUUGAUCGAGGUAAAAGGAAAUAGAAAUUGUACGAGGUGUCGUGAAAGUAUGGGAGAAAAACUACCGAUGUUCAAAAAUUAAUGUAUGAUAUAGACAGGCGAAGAUGAUAUUACAGAUGUCCCGAUAAACGAGUCAACCAACGGUAGAAUCUACAAUUUACCUGACGACAUUAGACCGACGAUGACGAGCCACCGAUUCGAGGUAAUAUUUUGGGGAGUUCGAGGACUUCGUAAAGUCCAUUACAUGUCGGUUACGAAACCCAUUAUAAUCCUGGAGUGCAACGGUAAUGUGGUAAAGUCAGAGGUGAUGGAAAACUGCAGGAAGUUCAGUAACUUCGAAGAGCCACACGCCAUAAUAGAUUUGGUGAGAGAAAUGCGAAAAGAAAAAUGAAAAUUCUUUGCCAAGGUUCAUUUUUUACCGUACGUUAUCCCUUUGCGCGCAAGGAUCUCCCGGAUUUAGACGUCUACUAUCCAUCCCUCACCAUAAAAGCGUACGAUUCACGGGGUUUUGGCUGCCUGACCUAUUUGGGAGUCGCUAUAGUACCAACGAUAUACGGUUUCGUCCGUCAACUCUUACCCGAAGAUGAUUACUUCGAUCAGAUCCUCGGAAAAGAUUCGUUCAACGGGAAAUACGGCGCUGACAAAGUUUCGAAAAAAACCAUAUGCAAGUUCACGGCUAAUAUUCGAUAUUAAAAAAACGGGUUUGCACGUACGUUCAACCCUCGAUAUUCUAUUACAGUACCUCUUCCGAAAAAUUACGACCUCGGUGUACCGGAAACCGAGAAAUUAAUGAGCUUUCGGCAGAUGGGUGGUAAAACUACAACUUCGAGAUUAUCAACGUUCGUAGGAAAAGUGAGAAAUGUUUUCCGAUUCAGAAAAAAGGGUGAAUCGAAGGAUGAAUUCCUUUACAGUACGGACGACGACGACUCUUACGAUUGGUGGAGCAAGUAUUACGCUUCUAUUCAGGUGCAUUUCCUACCAAUGUGUGUCAGGUUGCGCAAAGUUCACCCAGAUUCACAUGAUGUUCGGAAUUCCAGGAGGAACGAAACGCGGAAAUUGGACAAUCGACCAAGUACAUGUUCGAGAAACAACCGAUCGCCACGUUCAAAGUGGGUCCCGAAUUACGAUCUGCGUGCAGAACCGUUAGAAUUCUUAAUCAUCGAAAUAUUAUGAAACAGAUAUACACUACGGAACUCGAAAUGGUCCCGGAAUUCGAGGGGUUCGAAGACAGGUUCACAACAUUUCAAUUAUCCAAGGGAAAGGCGACCGGAAAUCCCAUAGAGGACGAAAAAAACAAUGUCGGAGUUUUCAAGGUUCUGUUACGACAUAUCCUGACCCAUGAUCGAGUAAAUGGUGCGGUUAUUGAAUAUUCCAUCUGUUUUCUUCGGGGUAGGGACACGUGGCUAUUUAUCACUGGCCCGACCCCUUGGGAAGAACUUUCAGAACCCGAAUAGGGAACAAUGUGGCCAGAGGACUUUGCGACGAUUACCCAUCCUCAGAACCGCUGAAAAUAACCGUUCGAGUUUACUUGAUCAGAGGUGAAUUGCGCUCAUAGUUGCGACCGUGGCGAAGAUUGACUGAAUUUUAUUUUUUCAUGUCCAAGCGAUAAAUCUUCAUCCCAAAGAUCCGUUGACGGGAAAAUCGGAUCCCUAUCUACGUGUGAAACUCGGUACCAAAACGAUAUUCAACGACAGAAAGCAGUACAUUCCAAACGAGUUAAAUCCCAUAUUCGGGAAGUGAGUUUUCGAAACGUUAUUUCGUAUAUCGGAACUCUUAAAAAAGCUGAGGGAAAUAACGUAUCCGUAGACUGGUUGAAUUCGACGCGAUGUUUCCGAAGGAUUACCUGUUAACAAUCCAAGUAUGGGAUUACGACGCGACUUCUGCAGACGAUCUGAUCGGAGAAACACGGAUCGAUAUCGAAAACCGAUACUACAGCAGGCACAGAGCUCACUGCGGAAUAUCUCGAGUUUACACCGUCGACGGAUACAAUUCGUGGCGAGAUCGGGAGUCUCCCGUCGACAUUUUGAACUACCUCUGUUCGAAAAAUAAUCUCCCCUAUCCCGAGUACCUGGAUACCGAGGUGAAAAUCGGUGGAAAGUCUUUUGCCUUCAACGCGGGUAUCGAUCCGAACAAAAAUCCAGGUAAGGACGUCCGUGGAUCAGCGUUAAGAUAAUUUGAACGACUGACUUUUUUCACUUAUCACGGGUCGAAUGACUCCACCAAGAUUACAAGGAGUGCAUGGCUCUGAAUAUCCUCCACAAAUGGCACGAAUUCCCGGUAUGCGGUUGUUCUUUGGUUCCCGAACACGUCGAGCAACGUCCUUUGUUCAACAGCGAACGCCCCGGUCUUGAACAGGUUCGCAUUGGUUGCUUCGCCGGCACGAAUUGAAAUGUUGAAAUUAUCCAACCGUGUUUCAGGGCAAACUAGAAAUCUGGAUAGACAUAUUCGGUACGAACGAUCUCCCUCCGAAAGCAGCGAUCGAUAUCAGACCAAAACCACCUGAGGAUUACGAACUCCGCGUCAUCAUAUGGAACACAGAAGACGUACCGCUCGUUGACAACCAAUUUCUAACCGGCGAAAAGUGCUCGGACCUUUACGUAAAAGGAUGGCUGAACUACGACGACCAUCAGAAGACUGACGUCCACUAUAACUCUCUUACGGGCGAAGGAAACUUUAACUGGAGAUUCAUCUUUCGUUUGACGUAUUUGAGAGCGGAACAGAUGAUGCUGGUAAAAAAGAAACUGUCGCUCUUCUCCAAGGAUGCCACAGCCCAGAAAUUCCCGUGCAGAUUGAACCUGCAGGUCUGGGACAACGAUCACUUUUCACCGGAUGAUUUUCUCGGAUCUUUGACGAUAGAUUUGCCGAAAAUUCCAAAAGGAAGUGCCAAUUCCAAAAAUUGCACGUUAAAAUUGAUGGAUCCAGAUGCACCGACGAUAAACCUCUUCAAGGCGAUGCGAAUAAAGGGAUGGUGGCCGUUCGUAGCAAUAGAAAAUCAGAGACACGAACAAGCGGGUAAGGUGGAAAUGGAAUUAAUUCUCGUUCCGAUCGAAGAAGCGGACGAAAAACCUGUAGGGAUCGGUAGGCAUCCCCCGGAAGCGAUGCCACCCCCAAACCGACCCGACACAUCGUUUUCCUGGUUCCGGAACCCUUGGAAAGCGUGUCGAUUCGUGGUGUGUCGUUACUACAAAUGGAAGAUCAUUUUCGCAAUGUGUAUGAUGCUGCUAAUGGCUUUAAUUGGUUGUGCAAUAUACGCAUUCCCUGGAUACCUAGUCAAACGAAUUGUUGGGGCUUGACCUGGACUUGAUAUGCCGCUGCUUCGUCGAUAAAAAUUACCUCAGCGAAAAGCAGGAACAACGCAAUAUAAACUAUGUAGCUCUUUUUAAUGACGGUUUUCACCCAUGUAUGUGGUCGUCGAGAUUAGGAUCCUACGAUGUGCCUUUUUCCUCUAUUAUUUUACGUCGCUGUAAUUUAUAGUUAGU